AUGGAUGUCGACUCUCUUUUGGAUAGCGGUAUUCUGCCGCAUGCCGUCAUCCGACUUGGAAUUCGUCGAAACCUAGCCAAACGACUCCAGGAAGUGGCUACACCAGACCUCGCCUCGGCCACGGCGCGUAAGCAGGGCUAUGUGGCUCGGCUGCGUCUUCAACCUAUUGCCAUUGAGACGGACACGGCCAACAAGCAGCACUAUGAGGUCGGCACCGGCGUGCUGGCUGCUACUCUCGGCCCGUAUAUGAAGUACUCGAGCUGCUGGUACCCCGAGGUGGAGAAUGAAGGUAGUAACAGCGCCCUCCUUUCAUCCGCAGGCCGACUGCUGUCCCGGUUCGUGCCUUGGAAGAGCCGCAAGCGCACGACCCUGGCCGAAGCCGAAGUGGCCAUGCUCUCCAGCUACAUUGAAAAGGCCGAUCUCGACGACGACAUGCACAUCCUGGAUCUCGGGUGUGGCUGGGGCUCGUGCUCGCUCUUCUUUGCCGAGAAACUGCCCAAGGCCAAGAUCACGGCGUUUUCCAACUCGCGCACCCAGAAGAUCUACAUUGACGAGCAGGCCAAGAAACGCGGCCUGACCAACCUGACUGUAAUCACCGGCGACGUCGUCGACUACGAAUUUGCACCCGAGAGCUUUGACCGCGUGGUCUCCAUCGAGCUGUUUGAGCACAUGAAGAACUACGAGCUGCUCUUGGCCAAAGUCGGCCGCGCGCUGCGGCCGGGCGGCAAGCUCUUUGUGCACCUCUUUAAUCAUGCCACGACGCCGUAUGACUACGAGGAGGGCUGGAUGUCAACCUACUUUUUCACGGGCGGCACCAUGCCGUCGGCGGACCUGCUGCACUACUUCCAGCACGACCUGACGCUUGAGAAACAGUGGUGGGUCAACGGGCGCCAUUACUCGCGGACUUGCGAGGACUGGCUGCAGAACAUGAUUGACAACAGGAAGGCCAUGAUGCCCGGACUCGUGGCCACAUACGGCGACAAGGAUGCCGUGGCCUGGUACUACCGGUGGCAGGUGUUUUACAUGGCCUGUUCGGAGCUGUUCAACUACCGUGGCGGCGACACGUGGGGCGUCUCGCACUAUCUAUUCUCCAAAGCCGCCGAGAAAAAGUGA